CCCCCGUGCCUGUGGCGGCCGCCGGAGCGCGGCGGCGGGAGGAGGAGGAGGAGGAGGAGGAGGCGGAAGAUGGCGGCGGCCGCGGCGGCGGCGCUGCGGGCCUGGUUCUGGAACGAGCGGUUCUGGCUCCCGCACAACGUGACGUGGGCGGACCUGGCGGGCGAGCCGGGCAGCGGGCUGCAGUACCCGCGGGCCGCGCACGUCCUGUCCGCCUUCCCGCUGGCGCUCGGCAUCUUCGCCGUGCGGCUGCUCUUCGAGAGGUUUAUUGCCAAGCCCUGUGCCAUAAACCUUGGCAUCCAGGACAGUGGACCUCACAGAGCCCAGCCCAAUGCAAUCCUAGAGAAAGUGUUUACAUCCAUCACCAAGUCUCCAGAUGCAAAAAGGUUGGAAGGCCUUUCCAAGCAGCUGGACUGGGACGUGAGGAAGAUCCAGCGCUGGUUCCGGCACCGGAGGAACCAGGACAAACCCACCACCCUCACCAAAUUUUGUGAGAGCAUGUGGAGAUUUACAUUUUAUUUAAGUAUAUUUUUUUAUGGAAUCAGGUUUCUCUGGACGGCCCCCUGGUUUUGGGACACACGACAGUGCUGGUACAACUACCCUUUCCAGCCUCUAACAUCCAGGCUUUAUUAUUACUAUAUCUUGGAGCUGGCCUUCUACUGGUCCCUCAUGUUUUCUCAGUUUACAGACAUUAAACGGAAGGACUUCCUGAUCAUGUUUGUCCAUCACUUGGCCACAAUUGGGCUCAUCACCUUCUCCUACAUGAACAACAUGGUGCGGGUUGGGACCCUGGUGCUGUGUCUCCACGAUGCCUCAGAUUUCCUCCUAGAGGCUGCAAAGCUGGCCAACUAUGCCAAGUACCAGCGGGUGUGUGAUGCUUUCUUCAUGCUCUUCGGGGUCGUGUUCAUCGUGACACGGUUGGGCAUUUACCCUUUCUGGAUUCUGAACACGACCCUGUUUGAGAGCUGGGAGCUCAUCGGUCCUUACCCCUCCUGGUGGCUCUUCAACGGGCUCCUGGUGACCCUGCAGGUCCUGCACAUCAUCUGGUCUUACCUCAUCAUCCGCACGGCCUCCAAGGCCCUGGUGAGGGGCAAGGUGUCCAAGGACGACCGCAGUGACGUGGAGAGCAGCUCUGAGGAGGAGGAUGUGACUUCCAACAGCACAAAAGGAGUCUUCAGCACUUCCAGCAACGGCUCCAACCGCCUCAACGGCCACGUGGCCGGCGGCCAGUGGACAGGGGAGGAGUAAGGCCCUGGGCUUGGCCUUGAGCAAGCAUGGACUUCUCUUUCAAUUAUCUAGUUGUGUUGAGCUCCACAUUCCCAAGUGAUCUUUAAUCAAAAAAAAAAACAACAAACAAACCCCCCCCCUCCCCAGACACCUCCAGCAAAACCCGAAACGGGCACAGCCCCGACCGGUCCGAGGGACGGAGCCGGGGCGGGAACACAGAGCUGCAGGUUCCACUUCAAGCCACUCUGUACUUCAAAAGUACAAAAAAAAACCCCCAAAACAACCCCAAGUUGUUGAACCCCAAGAGUUCCCGUUGAUAUCUGCAGAGGUGUCUUUUGUUUGCCACGGACUGGUUGGUUUUUCACUGGGAUCAAACUCGAGGCGAGAGCGGGUUUGGACGAGGCCGGUCCAGAAGCACUCCAGGAGCCACUUUGGAGCAGGUUCCAGGUCCAGAAGCACUCCAGGAGCCACUCUGGAGCAGGUUCCAGGUCCAGAAGCACUCCAGGAGCCACUUUGGAGCGGGUGCCACGUCCAAACUGCCCUGGGGGGAGGCAGAGACUCUUUUCUCAGCCUUGAGCUUUGAACUGUGCUGCCCCCAGAACUGCUGUCCUGACUCGCCCCCGGGGUGCUGAGGAGGUCCCAGCUGCUCAUCUCUGCUGCCACCAGGGACCAGGCCGGCGUCUGCUGCCUCUUUUGGUGCUGCAAACCCCUCUGACGUCUUGACCAAAGCCUUCUGCAAGGGGUGGUUUAUUGCCCCUGAGACAACCAGCACAAUCCAGGCCUUUUAAAUUGUUUGUUUGUUUGUUCCCCCCCCCCCCCCCCCCCCGUUGCAAAUUGUGGUUUUUGAAGACUUUUCUAGACCUGCUGGAUCCAGUUGGCUGAGCUGGGAUCAGAGGGAGGAUCAGAACCCGUGGGACGGGUUUAACCCUCCACAAAAUGGGAUGUUUUGGUCCUGUACUCCCAGACAGAAGUGAAUGUUGCUGCUCUGAUGCUGCAGCUGUGGAGGAAGAACCCGGGGCUGGAAGAGCAGCCACACCGUGGGCUUUUGCUUCUCUUUUUUUUUUUUUUUUUAACUCAAUGGUACUUGGGGGCAAUGGAAUGGUCAAUCAGGAGCAGAAUUUUGGAAACUUCUCGACUCGUUACCAUUUUAUACUGUUGUUUACUCUUAUCUCCGAUUAAAAGUUGCUUCAGAA